AUGAACGAGCUCCUGGAGCAGCUGGUGGGGACGUUCGUGCCGUCGGCCACGGGACCGGCAGGUCGUAGCCAGCUGGUCUCACUCUGCCACACCCUCCUGACCUCGCGCCUCUCGGCAGCACCCAUUCCCGACCUGUUCCACACCUCGGAAGCCGUCCAACGAAGCCUCGCCAGGGCUGGCCGCCAGAGCCAUGCCGUGGCCUUUGCUGAUCUGGUCCGCAGGCUGGAGAGCAUGGCCGUCGUCACCCGCAAGUGGUCAGUGGUGCAUGUUUUGGCGGCGCUGGCCGAGACUGGCGAUGUUCCGCUGCCGGCAAAGCCGCUACCGAGGCUGCUGAUGCCGACGUCGGCUGGCGCGGCGUCGUCGACCCUUCCGUCGGCCGCCGUGGGCCUCUCGGCGGCGGCGGCCAAAGAGGUGGAGAUGGUCCGUCGUGGCGCCGGAGAGGGUGCUGUGCGUGCGGGGUCUGGAAACGAUGGCGGUGUGAGCGAGAACGAGCUGCUGCGAGACGUCAUCUACGCGCUGCAAGGCAUAGACGGGCGAGUGGUGGCGUUCGACAAGCGGGCGCAGGCGUUUGCCGUCGAUCCGCGGGCACGAGUCAAGGCCGGACAGGCGAAUCUUGUGCGACGGGUGGCGGAGCUCGGGUGGUUGUACAUGCGGGUCAAGGCGUUUGUGGUUCAGGCGUCGGCGGCCCCGUCGCUGGGCCUUGUCGGGCAGGCGCUCGUCGGCGCGUUGCAGGGCGAGCUCGCCGAGUACUUUAAGCUGCUGGCGGUGCUCGAAGCGCAGGUGGCGGCCGGGCCGGGUGCGCAUGGACAGGCGCUGACGCUGCGGCGGCUGGUGGUGUGGGUGCAGGACCCGCUGGUGCGGAUGAAGGCCGUGGCCAUGGUAGCAGACGCGGCGCGCGGGCUGCAGGGUGGCGAGCUCGUGUCGACCAUCCACGCAUUUGCCAAGCACGGCGACCCGUUUGUGGCGGCGUUUGUCGAGUCGCUGCUGGAGCAGGUCUGUGUUCCGUUCUUUGCCAUGACGUCGCGGUGGAUGUUUGACGGCGAGCUUGCUGACCCUUUUGGCGAGUUCUUUGUGGUGCCCAAUGGAGCAGCUAGCGCCGACGAGGCGUGGCACGGCAAGUACGAGCUCGUAGAUGGGCUCGUGCCGUCGUUUGUUGGUCCGGACCUGGCCUCGGACAUUCUGCGCAUCGGAAAGUCUGUGGCUUUUCUGCGGCGUGCGUGCGGGGUGACCGACUUUGCCUUUGACGGUGCCCUCGUCGGCGCGUGGGAGGCGGUGACGUACGCAUCGGCGAGCAGCCAGCUUGCCGGACUUGUGGCGGCAGCGUCAGACGCAGUCAACGCCGCGGUCCGAUCCACGCUCUUGGGCCAGUUUAAGCUCAUGCCGGUCCUCGACAUUUGCCGCCGCUACCUGCUGCUGGGCCAGGGCGACUUUGUCGGGUACCUCAUGGAGCUGCUCGACGACGAGCUGGCGCGGCCGGCCUCGCAGGUCUUCCGCCACAACCUGCUGGGUAUUUUGGAAACGGCGCUCAAGUCGACAACGCCGAUUGCCGAUGCCGAGCUGGCGGACAAGCUGGAUGUCAUGCUGCUGGAGGCGUCGCCGGGCGACAUCGGAUGGGACGUGUUCUCGCUCGACUACGUCUUCACCGGGCCGCUCACUACCAUCUUUACCAACGACGUGCGGGCCAAGUACCUGCAGCUCUUCUCGUUCCUUUGGCGGCUGAAGCGGGUGGAGCGGCACCUGUCGUCUACCUGGCAGCGGCACGUCAACUCGGCGUCUGCUCUGCGGCAGCUGCCGGAGCUCGACCUCGUCGUCCGCAAGUGUCACAUCCUGCGCAAUGAGAUGGCCCACUUUGUCUUCAACCUCCAGUACUACAUCAUGUUUGAAAUCGAAGGCGCAUGGACCGAGCUCGUCGAGCUCCUUACCUCUGACCGCACUCACCUUGACCUGGACGCCAUCUACGGUGCUCACGAGGCGUACAUCGACCGCAUCCUGGAGCGGGUCCUGCUCGACGGCUCGGCCGAGGAGCUGCUCUCGCUCAUCACCCAGAUUUUUGCCCUCAUCUCCAAGUUCCGCACCACCCAGGACGUUUUCUACGACUCUGCCAUGGGCGAGGUCGCUCGCCGGGCCGCCGCCGAGGCUCGCGCCUACGAGCGGGUCCUUGCUGGCGAGUGGGGUACGACCGACAAGGAGUCGGACGCGUCAGCGAGCUCGUACUACCAGCUAACGCCGCAGGCCCGUGCGCAGCUUGGCGCCUUCAACGUCAAGUACGACGAGCUGGUCACCCAGCUCAUCGACAUGCUCAACGCCCAGUCGGCCUCGGCGCUCCGCAACCUCUCGUUCCGCAUCGACUUUAACGAGUUCUGGAAGUCCAAGCGGAGCUCAAACCCUUAACGGUACGAUUUCUCGCACCGCGCCAGGUUGCACAACUGUGGCAUACACCCGAGGUCGCCUGGUGACAAAGGGCGUGUCCACUCCGUAAUGGGAUAAAGUUGCCUUACACGUC